AGCGGAUGCGAACGCGAACAACUUCCAACAAUAAAUGCGUCAAAAGUCCCCACCUCCCCUGUUUCGUCCAUAAAGACCGCAACUUUUAACGACUUUCCUAUGGAGGAGCUUUGCAUUUCCUGCCAAGGAAGCAUGGGAUGGUUUCUGCUUCUCCGAGCUCUGUUUCGACCUGCAUUUUCAACCGGCGGCGGCUGUAUGUUUCUUCUCGGUGUUCAUGGUACCGGAAAGGAUGACUUUUGGAUUGGCGAUUCCCGUGGCGAAACGAAGGCUGCUCACGAUUUUCCUUUGGUGACGACGGUCGCCUCCUACAUGGGAAAUGAGAGAAGUAGUACAAGAUAGAUCUGCUUGGGUGUGCAUGGAGGCGGACUUCUUCGUUCUUCCGAGGCUCCUCAUCUCAACACAUCCCUCUCGGCGACGAGUUUCACACAAAAUUGGUUUUCAGUCUUUUAUUUCUCUGGGCCUAGACAUCAUGCAUGCAACUGGCGCUCUGAAACAAUUGUAUGCUUAUUUACUUCUUCGCAAAUACUUCUCUUGCUCUGUGUUUCAAGUUUCUCGCUAUGGCUUUUCGGGCAACCAGCAGCGGCGGGGUAAGAGGGUUGCGUGAGGGUUCGAGGACCCAGCGCCGCCUCUCGCUUUUGCCCGCGCAGCAAUGUAUCAGUAUCGAAUUUCGAAUCCAUCCCAUAUCGGUCAUAUGGAGCAAUCUUGCGCACUUCCUGGUCCCAAGAAUUGCCCUCC